AUGAUGGGUGAAGGAGUGAAGAGGAGUGUGGAUGACAAGGGGCCUUCAUCGACCUCCAAGAAGAGCAAAGGUCCGAUAAACCAGAAAGAAGACGCUGUAGAUGUUCAAGGGGAUGAAAGGGCUGAGCCAAAAUCCACCCAUAAUACGCAGUGUGGAAGCCAUGGAUUGAGGGGAACAAGAGUUAGCAAAUAUACGAGUGAUGACCCAAAUGACCCAUUCCAGAUGUGUCAUCAGUGCAUGAAGAGUGAUAGGAAAGUCGUAAGGUGCACCAAAUGCCCUCGAAGGCGAUAUUGUUUCGAGUGCGUUGGGAGAUGGUAUCCGGAGCUAUCAAAGGAAGCUAUAGCAGAGGCUUGUCCAUAUUGUCGUAGAAUUUGCAACUGUAAAGCUUGUUUACGUAGAGCUAAUGUGCUAGAGGUUAAGUAUCGUGGUUAUCCAGAUGACGAAAGAGAAAAGACACAGUUACUGAAGUAUCUCAUCAGUUUCCUCAUGCCUUUUGUGGAACAGUUUUGUCAUGAUCAGAUGGUGGAGAAGACUAUAGAAGCCCAGAUUUGUGGUAACUUUGUGAAUGAGGUAAAGAUAGAGAAAGUUGACUGCUCUCCAGAUGAGCGUAUUUAUUGCGACAAUUGCAAAACCUCUAUAGUCGAUUUUCAUCGAAGUUGUCCAAAUUGUUUGUAUGAUCUCUGUCUCACCUGCUGCAAGGAGAUUCGAGAAGGCUGUUUGAGGGGCUGUGAAAGUUUGUCCAUUCAGUAUGUUGAUAGAGGAAAAGAUUACUUACAUGGGGUAGAAGCCAUUACGAAACAAGUGAAGCCAUUACGAAACAACAAGUUAGAUAGUAUGCCUGAGCAGACGCCACUUCCUAAAUGGGAUGCAACUUUGUUAGGUGAAAUCCCUUGCCCGCCAAAGGAAAGGGGUGGGUGUGGACAAGGCAAAUUGGAGCUGAAGUGUAUUUUUGAAGAUAGUUGGCUGUCAGAGAUGAAAGAGAAGGCCAAAAGGUUAACUGCUGCUUGUGGACCUGCUGAGGUAUUUCAGAGCGCCACUCAAUGUCCAUGUUUGGAAUCCAGUGAUGAUGGGCAGCUAAGAAAGUGUGCUUAUCGAGUCAAUUCUGAUGACAAUCACCUCUACUGUCCUUUGGCAAGUGAUAUGAAGCUACGGGAACUGGAGCACUUCCAGAGACACUGGAGAAUGGGGGAGCCAAUUAUUGUGCGUGAUGUUCUGAAACUUGCAUCUGGGUUGAGUUGGGACCCCAUGGUGAUGUGGCGUGCUUUCCGCGAUGUUAAGAAAGGUUCCUCCGACUCGAUGUUAAAAACACUAGAUUGCCUUGACUUUGUUCCGGGUGAUAUAUCCAUUCACCAUUUUUUUAAAGGAUACACUGAAGGUCGCACACAUGGUACAUCCUGGCCUGAAAUGCUGAAGCUGACUGGUUGGCCCCAGUCCACUUUAAUUGCGGAGCGAAUGCCACGCCAUAAUCACGAAUUUCUUAAUGCAUUGCCCUAUAAAGAAUACACUGACCCACAUUCUGGAAUUCUAAGUUUGUCUGCAAAGUUAUUGCUGAACCGCCCAGAGCUGGGACCCAAGACAUAUAUUGCCUAUGGCUAUCCCGAAGAGCUGGGACGUGGGGAUUCAGUGACUAAGCUUCAUUUUGAUGUUUCGGAUGUGGUGAAUGUGCUAAUGCACACUGCUGACGUGGAUCCAAGUAGAUAUGAUCUUAAAAGAAAUAGCAAAUUACAAGAACGACAUGUAGAACAUGACCGGAAAGAACUCUUUGCGAGUAUGAAUGCAGAUGAGAAAGGGACUAAAAUAGCCAUGCAAGAACCAAAUGUCAGCUAUAAUUUGGGGGCUGAAGACUCCACUGUACCUGUUGAAGUCUUUCCAAAUGCUUCUCUAACAGAUAAAUUGGAGGGAGGUGCACUGUGGGACAUUUUCAGACGGGAUGAUGUUCCCAAGCUUGUGGAAUAUCUUAGGAAACAUCACAAAGAAUUCAGGCAUCUGUAUAACCGUCCGGUGGAGAAGGUUGCACAUCCUAUUCAUGAUCAAAGCUUGUACCUUACCUCUUAUCAUAAAGCAAAGCUCAAGGAGGAAUUUGGAGUUGAACCUUGGACUUUUGCGCAAAAACUUGGAGAGGCUGUGUUUGUUCCUGCUGGAUGUCCUCAUCAAGUUAGAAAUCUUAAGUCCUGCAUAAAAGUUGCUCUGGGCUUUGUUUCCCCUGAAAAUCUUGGAGAGUGCAUUCGGUUGACCGAGGAACUUCGUGCUCUUCCCAAGAACCACAGAGCUAAAGCAGACAAACUAGAGGUAAAGAACAUGGCUAUACAUGCAUUACACGAGGCAGUUUCUCAGCUAAGCCGACUUACUCGUGAACCUGUGGAAUAA